GAAUGGCGGAUAAUGACCUACGUGAUAGUCUUUGGUUGUAUCAUACUUGACACUUAUGUCUUGAUUCACAUAGCUGACCUACAAACUGGUGUACAUCCAGAGCCCUUGCUUGGAGAUUUGUGUAAAGCAACUACUGGGCUUCUCAUAUUUGGAUUCACAUUAGUGUAUGGAGGGAUGACUUUAAAGUUAUGGGGAAUCUACAAGUUUUUCAGCCAGAGCAAAAAGAAAGUGAUAAAGGAAGGAUGGUUGGUAUUCAUUUUCUUCAUGCUCAUUGUCGCUGAUGUCAUAGUAGUUUGCAUUUGGUUUGUCAUGGAUCCAUUGUAUCCAGUGUCUAGAGAACUAGAAUCAAAUCUUAACGAUGACACAUCUGUCAGAACAAUAACGGUAAUGAUUGGAUGUGAAUCGGUGUAUAAAACGUACUUUCUCAUAGCCAUAUUUUGUUACAAGGCAGUUGUGUUGUUGUUGGGUGGUUUCAUAGUUUGGCCAGCAUUGU